AUCUUAAAAUUAAAGUUUAUUUUUUAAACUAUUAAAAAAACCCAAAAAACCUUGCGUGUCUUAAAACUGGGCUACCAAUAGCCAGUUGACAAGUAACCAUUUUGCUUUGCAAUCAGGAGUUUUCAAGAGAGCUUUUAAAGCUGAGCUGAGAUAUUUGAAAUGUGGAACACUCUUGACCAUGAAAUAUGUUCUACUUACAUGCCUCAGCCUUUAAAAGUUCUUUGCAUUACAGUCAGGGAUUACAUUCUUCCUGGAGCCAAGCACGGCCAGCUGUGUAAGUAAGAAACAAGCCACACUUCUCCUUGGGGAAGCUGAUAGGAGUUUAAAAGGUUUGUUGCCGCGAGUGUCAGAAACAUUCCCAACUUCAUCACCAGCCCUUUACUUCCACCUCUACCCUACCCACUGGAGACCACUUAUAUACCUAAGAGGAGGCGACAGCUGAAUUCAGGAAACCAUGCAUCAUGUCAGCAGGAACCAAGUGCAGACUUUAAACUCUGUUCAACAUGUGGAUGCAGCAGAGAAAUGACCUGUCCAGACAAGCCAGGGCAACUCAUAAACUGGUUCAUCUGCUCCCUGUGUGUCCCGCGGGUGCGUAAACUCUGGAGCGGCCGGCGCCCAAGGACCCGGAGGAACCUCCUGCUGGGCACUGCCUGCGCCAUCUACCUGGGCUUUCUGGUGAGCCAGGUGGGACGUGCCUCUCUCCAGCAAGGAAGGGCAGCAGAAAAGGGGCCGCACCAGAGCCGCGACACCGCCGAGGCACCCUUUCCUGAGAUACCCUUAGAUGGUACGUUGGCGCCUCCAGAGUCCCAGGGCAAUGGGACAACGCUGCAGCUCAAUGUGGUGUACAUUACCCUACGCUCCAAGCGCAGCAAGCCUGCCAAUAUCCGUGGCACAGUGAAACCCAAGCGCAGGAAGAAGUACGCAGUGGCCUCGCCAGCCUUGGGACAGGAGGCUUUGGUCGGACCAUCCCUUCAGCCACAGGAUGCUGAUGCUGAAGUGCCUGGGUACGUCCAGGGAGGAAACCUGGCCAAAGUUGGGGAACGACCCUGGAGGUUGAUACGGGGCUCGGGAGUGCAAGUUGGGGGCUCAGAUUUUCAGCGGUCCAAGACCCAGGAGAGCAACAUUAGGAUCUACAGUGAGAGCGCCCCCUCGUGGCUGAGCAAAGAAGACAUCCUCCGAAUGCGCCUGUUGGCGGAUGGUGCAGUGGCAGAUCUUCAGCCCGCGUCCUCUAAAAGUGGAGCGCACUUGCUGGUGCUGGAGGGGAGCUCUGCUGGCUCUGUGCCCCGCUGUGGCCCCAGCCCCUGUGGACUACUCAAGCAGCCUUUGGACAUGAGUGAGGUGUUUGCCUUCCACCUGGACAGGAUCCUUGGGCUCAACAGGACCCUGCCGUCUGUGAGCAGGAAAUCAGAGUUCAUCCAAGAUGGCCGACCAUGCCCUCUCAUUCUCUGGGACUCAUCUCUAUCUCCAACAAGUAAUGAGACCCACUCUUCUGUUAAGCUCACCUGGGGAACUUACCAACAGUUGUUGAAACAGAAGUGUUGGCAGAAUGGCCGAGUACCUAAGCCUGAAUGGGGUUGUACUGAAAUACAUCACCACGAGUGGUCCAAGCUGGCACUCUUCGAUUUUUUGUUACAGAUUUAUAAUCGCUUAGAUACAAAUUGCUGUGGAUUCCGACCUCGAAAGGAAGAUGUCUGUGUACAGAAUGGUCUGAGGCCAAAAUGUGACAACCAAGAUUCUGUGGCUCUAGCACAUGUUAUCCAGCGAAAGCAUGACCCAAGGCAUUUGGUCUUCAUAGACAACAAGGGUUUCUUUGACAGAAGUGAAGAUAACUUAAACUUCAAAUUGUUAGAAGGCAUCAAAGAGUUUCCCGAAUCUGCAGUUUCUGUUUUGAAGAGCCAGCACUUACGGCAGAAACUCCUUCAGUCCCUGUUUCUUGAUAAAGUUUAUUGGGAAAGUCAAGGAGGCAGACAAGGAAUUGAAAAGCUUAUUGAUGUCGUAGAGCAGAGAGCCAAAAUCCUUCUCACCUACAUCAAUGCACAUGGGGCCAGAGUAUUACCUAUGAAUGAAUAAAAGGAUCUUCUGGUUAGAUUACUAGAUAAAGUAUGCAUUUUUUGUUUCUGUUUUUAAAUAGGUACACAAGCUCAAGUCUUUUAGGAAUGAGGCAGUGUAGAUGACUAUAUAAAGUAAAUACAUUUAACCAAGUGUUUAUGAUGGGUCUGAGCACGAUAAGCAGGCUUAGAACCUUUUAAGAAACAUAUUGCUCAAAAAACGUUUGUUCACAUUUUUCUCUAACAUCCUGUCACGUGAGUCUCUACAUCUGAUUUUACAGGAUGGUUGCAGUUAUUAUUCCAGCUAGCUUUGUUAAAACAUUUGUCAUGCCGUUUAAAAGAACAGUGUAAGACAGAGGUACUGAUCCUUCAACAAAGCAUAUUUUAUGCCACAUUGACUGGUCUGCCCAAGUACUGAUGGGAAGGGCUCUUAACACUCUUCAGUCUGAUUGUUGAAACAGAGCUGACCCAGUAUGACCCAGAGGCAGGUCCGCAUUGGAAAACUGAAGCAUGUGAUUUGCAAAAACAUCAGGGUGUACGAUAAUUCUGCACAGAAAUGGUGGGUUAUUUGCAAAAGCGCCACUAUAUAUUCUACUGUAUCUAUAAACGAAUGGCCAUCCCUGUGAAUCUGAGAAGCAAGAAUCAUAGUUUCCUUUUUUUUUUUUUUUAAAGAAAUUUAUUUUCUCUUCAGUAUUGAAACUAUCCAAAUCUGACAAUUUAUGCAUUAGGUAGUUUUGUUUUCUCAGUUUUGGUCCAGCUUAUUCCUAGUGGCUUAGACCUUGAAUAAUUUUAAGUUAUGUUACCUAUUUGAAAUUAUACUUACAGAGUGCCUUUUUUAAAUAGAUGCUCUUUUAACAAAUUUUGUCAUUUUUACAAAUGAUAUAUUCUAGUUUUUGUAUAUUUUCUUAAUAAUAGUGGUGUUCUUCAGAUUUAAAUGAUAUUGCCCAGAUACGGACAAUAGAACCAGGUAUGGAGUGCAUUUAAAUAUAUUGUUAGCUUAUUCUAAUAGGAGAAAUAUGAACAAAAUAAAUUAAAACCUGACUCUCCUCAGUGAAAGCACAUGACUAGAAUCAAAAUAGCGAAUUUGGACAAUGUUGAACUUGAAAUAAUUUUCCCCAAACACCCUCUACCAACUUCUUAAUUAGGCAUAAGACUUGGACAUACAGUAUUCACAUGUUGGGUCUUUGUGUCCUGGGAAGAUAUGCCUGUCAUCACAUAUGAUAAAUAUUCAUACAGAGGUUUUAAAUCUCAAACACGUCAUCAUCCUUGCCCCCCACCUCACCCACUCCUUAUGUAAAAACUGUUAUACUGACUUCUUCUUUCCCUGAAAGUUGAAAAUACAAUUUAAGAAUAUUGUAUGCUUUCUAGUCUCUGUUUUCUAAGUUCUGUAUGUUAUUGCUAAAACAUUGCAUUUUCUAUGUUCUAAUCAAGGGUCAUUUAACACCACUGUAAAGUAGAACUAUUUAAGACAUUACAAUAAAGACUAGUCUUUUAAAAAAUAUAUACCUAUAGAUUCUAAUUUAUGCAAAUAUAUAGGGGCAAAAUGUCAAAACAACACAUGGUAACUAGAAGAGAAGAUGGCCAACGAGAGAGGGAUCAUUUGACCAUCUAAUCAUAACUUUCCUAGACUGAUAUUUAAGUACUACAUCGUAGCAUCUGUAUUGCUGUGCUGACCAUUGGAGAAGUGGUCUUCAGACCAUUCUACUCUUCCAUUAUCCCUCUGAGGUCCUUUCUCUGGUUCCACACAUUCUGUGCACUCUUUGGUUUGCCCAAGUCUCCACUUUGACUUGCUGUCUUUGGGUUUUUUAAGAUCCCCCUUUUCUCUCAUUAAUCAGCAUUUUAAUAAAAAAUUGGCCUACCAAAACCUUGGAGACCAAGGUUUUAUUUUGAGCCACUGACUCAAAAGAACUCUGUCAGGUUGCCUUAUACUUUGUCUUAUCGAGAUGGCAUAUUUGCAUUUUAAUAAGCUUUUUAUGGAAUAGGUCAUCUUUAUCCAAAUUUGUGAAAUUAGUGGUGAGAAUCCAGUCUCUCUAGAAAUUAGCUUUCAUGUUGUGUACCAAGCUACACAGCCUUUGGGCGGCUUGGUUCUCCCUAAUGUGGGUCUGGCUUUCCUUAUUUGCCUCCAGUGAUUCUGACAUGCUUAAUAUUAAAUGAAAGGUCCUGGAACACAUGUUUAUUUUAGUCACCUUUGCUUUUUAACAAUGUGUUUUGUUUUAUAAUCAGUGAAUAAUUCAUGCUGUAUUAUUGUUGAAUAAUGAAUAGCUACGGGGCCAGGCUUUUAAUUCUAAGUAAUGCUCUUCUUUUCUCUUACUGAAACAAUGAGAGUACUCUGCCUUUCUAGUGCACUCAGAUUAUGCUGUGGUUUCAUUCACAUAAGCAUAUUAUGUGGUUUAUUUAUAACUUGAUAAAUUUGAAAUAGAACAAUUUACCUUGGCAGAAGUACAAAAGUUUAUUCUUGUGUGACUUAUUUUCUUUAAGCUGACAAUAUGAAAAUAAAUACAUAUCUUAAAAAUCUGUAAUAAAAAUAUUAGAAAUUAAAGAUGCGUGUUUUUUAUUUUUUAGAUGGGUUUUUUUUUGUACAUGCAUUACUUUUCGGAAGUUAAGUACAGAAGACUGUCUGCUACCACUGUCCAUGAUAAAAGAGACAAUUAAACAGUUAAGAGUUUUAUUGGAUUGUGCUUGUAUAUACAUAUAUUUGAUAUUGAUACUAGUGAUUGUAUGCUUUCCCUGGUGUACAUAGAGCAUUGUCUUAGGUGGUAUGCAAAUUAGUUAACAGAUAUCACAAACUGUAAGAGACUACUUAAUUUUUGUUUUUCUUUGUUGGAGGUGAGUUUUAGAAUUAUAUAGUUAAGGUUAUCUUUAUAAAAUUCAUAUUUAUUAAGUUUAUUAGGCACUCUGGGGAACUUAUCAAAAUAUAAAAUGCUUUAGACUUAAAACAUUUAUAAUCUCUGAACUUGUAUAAUAACAUGUUUAUUCCAUUGUACUUUAAAUAUAUAUUACAUUAUAUCUAAUGAAUAAAAUAACCUAGAUGUAGAUUUAUCUACACAGUAUCAUAGGAAAUUCUAAUGUUUAUCUCAGCACAGAGCAAAGGAAGGCACUCUUAGGGCACCAGUCUGAAAAUAUGAUAUGGAAAUUGUACGUGGGUCAAAGAAAGAGGAUAAAGACUGUUCUCUAAAAACUGGUAUCAUCAAGAAUUAAGAACUUUCCUUCAUAGAAGAUAAUUUAAUUUAUUGGAAAAGUUAUCUGACACUUGGAAACAGCCAGAAGAGAUUUUUUGUGUUCUUUCAGUGCAAUGCUGGCCUUGCUUUUGUAUUAAAUGGUCUACUUAACAAUGUUGUAGGGCAGAGGUUAAUGUGUAGAUUUUUAUCCCAUAGAGAUGCAAAUAAUUUCUGCCUGGUGGAAAAGACAACGCUAAUGGUUUUACAGUUUAUUAUCUGUUGGACAUUAACCAGUUUUAUAUCUAGUCUAACAAUCUUAUCCUGACAUUGCCUGUAAAUACUUAGCUUUUGAAGUACUCUUUGAAAUGAUUUUACCAUCCUAGUGGUUCCCUUGCUAAUGAAUUAUUUAAAUAAAAUCUUUGACAUAUGUUCAUUUCACAUUUGCAUAGGAAAUGGGGUUUUACCUUUUUUGAAAAUUUUGCUUUUAUAAACUUUUGACUACAGAGUCAUAUUUUAUUUGCUUGAGAGUCAUGUUGUUAAAUUUUUGAAAAAUUUACUUUAGCAAUCUUUCAAAACACAGAUAUUAAAGAACUGAAUGGUA